UUAGAAAAUAAAAAUUUAGAAUAUUAUAAUAUUCUAAUAUAUUUUCUUAUUUUUUAUCAAUAUAAAAAAUAUAUUAAAAUGUCGAGAGAGUCUGGUAGAAGGUCCAUAGAUAUUCGUGUUCUGAACCGUGGAGGUUCUAACAUAUUCAAAGGCAAAGCUCACGCCAUGUCUGAAGGUUCAAGCUCAUGUGCUUCUCAAGGGAGACACUCUGUCUCGUCUUUUCCUACAAUCUCAGAGGAGUUCAUAGGCGACGCUAUGAGUUAUCAAGAAUUCAAUCACUUUAUGGGCGACAUGGGAGAUAUGAAUGAUGUCAAUCUUUUUUUUUGCCUCACUUGCUUGAACAUGUUCGGGGUUAUGCUCAGGAGUAUGCUCAGAAGUACGACCGGGAUUAGGCUCAGGAGUAGGUUCAGGAGUACUCUCAAAGGUUUGAUGACCAGUGUCAGUAACAUCAUCUUCUGUUUCAUGCAAAACAGUGUCUUGUAGCAAAAGUGGUUUAGGACGACGAUGAACAGUGAUGUUUGUUGGGUUGAGGUCCACUUGUGCAUCCCAGUAGCAGCAUUACCAUCAAACAAUUCUGCACAAAGCUCUAGAAAAGGCAAUGUAACUAUUUUUAAGGAUCCAGCAUUUGGAUGCCCCU